CAACCCACCCCACCCCACCCAAGGCCCGCACCGAAGCACGACGACACACCGAGAGCUAUAUAGCACACACAGGUGCCACGGCACCAGGAUGGUGAGCGCCAGGAUCGUCCUCCUCCUCCUCGCCACCCUCCUCUGCGCCGGCGCGGCGGUCGCGUCGUCGUGGGAGGACCACGACGGGCACAGGUGCGCGCGGCGGUGCGAGGACCGGCCCUGGCACCAGCGGGCCCGGUGCGUGGAGCAGUGCAGGGAGGAGGAGGAGCGCGAGAGGCAGCAGCAGGAGGAGCGGGGCCGGGGCGACCGGCACGAGCACGACCGGCGCGGCGAGGGCUCGUCGUCGGGUGACGAGCGCGAGCAGGAGCAGGAGCAGGGGCGGCGGCCGUACGUGUUCGACCGGCGCAGCUUCCGUCGCGUGGUCCGGAGCGAGCAGGGGUCCGUGAGGGCGCUCCGGCCGUUCCACGAGGCGUCCAAGCUGCUCCGCGGCAUCCGGAACUACCGCGUGGCCGUCCUGGAGGCCAACCCGCGCUCCUUCGUCGUGCCCAGCCACACCGACGCGCACUGCAUCGGCUACGUCGUGCAAGGCGAGGGAGUGGUGACGACGAUCGAGAACGGCGAGAGGCGGUCGUACACCAUCAAGGAAGGCCACAUCUUCGUGGCGCCGGCCGGGGCCAUCACCUACCUAGCCAACACCGACGGCCGGAAGAAACUGGUCAUCGCCAAGAUCCUCCACACCAUCUCCGUGCCUGGCGAGUUCCAGUUCUUCUUCGGCCCCGGCGGGAGGAACCCGGAAUCGUUCCUGUCGAGCUUCAGCAAGAGCAUCCAGAGAGCUGCUUACAAGACGUCGAGCGACCGGCUGGAGAGGCUGUUCGGGAAGCGCGGGCAGGACAAGGGGGUCAUCGUGCGCGCCACGGAGGAGCAGAUCCGCGAGCUGCGGCACCAGGCCUCCUCGGAGGGCGGCCACGGCCCGCACUGGCCCCUGCCGCCGUUCGGCGAGUCGCACGGGCCCUACAGCCUCCUGGACCAGCGGCCCAGCAUCGGCAACCAGCACGGGCAGCUCUACGAGGCCGACGCGCGCAGCUUCCGCGACCUCGCCGACCACGACGUCAGCGUCUCCUUCGCCAACAUCACCGCGGGGUCCAUGAGCGCGCCAUUGUUCAACACCCGUGCGUUCAAGAUCGCCUACGUGGCGAGAGGCCAGGGCAACGCCGAGAUCGUGUGCCCGCACCAGCAGCAGCAGUCGCAGUCGCAGCGCGGCGGCAAGGGCAGGCGGAGGAGCGAAGAAGAAGAAGAAGAGGGAGGAUCAUCGGAGGAGGAGGAAGCCGGGCAGGGGUACCGCACCAUCCGGGCGCGGCUGUCGCAAGGCACGGUGUUCGUGGUGCCCGUCGGCCACCCGUUCGUCGCGGUGGCGGCCCGGGACAGCAACCUCGAGAUCGUGUGCUUCGAGCUCCGCGCCGAGAAGAACGAGAAGGUGUUCCUGGCCGGCGCCGACAACGUGCUCAAGAAGCUGGACCGCGUGGCCAAGGCGCUGUCGUUCGCGGCCAAGGCGGAGGAGGUGGACGAGGUGCUCGGCGCGCGCCGCGAGAAGGGGUUCCUUCCUGGCCCCGAGGAGGAGAGCGGCCGCCGCGAGGAGCGGGAGCGAGAGGAGGAGGAACGUGGAGGACGCCACGGCGGCCGUGGGGAGAGGGAGAAGGAGGAGGAGGAGGAGGAGGAACGCGAGGGACGCCACGGCGGCCGUGGGCAGAGGAAGCAGGAGGAGGAGGAACGCGAGGGACGCCACGGCGGACGCGGGCGCCGCGAGGAGGCGGCGGAGACGCUCCUGAGGAUGGUGACCGCCAGGAUGUGAGGCCGCCGCGCGCGCGCUGAUCGACGACCGAACGAGGAGGAUGACGCGCCUGGGCGCGACGUGCGUACGUGUAGUAUGCAGGAGCCUGAGUGGAGACGUUCAACGUGUAUGUAUGUUACGUACAGUAUGUAAGUAUGUAUGUUAUGUACAGUAUGUAAGUAUGUAUGUAUGUAUGUAAGCGGCAGGCAGUGCAAUAAGCGUGGCUCCGUAUGUACGUCUAUGAUGCUGUAAGCUACUGAGGCGAGGCGAGGCAGGGCAAUGUCAAUAAAUAAAAUAAUAACACGUGUUCUAUAA